GGACACAGAGCGCAAGAGGAACCCGAACGGCCGCUGCUAGACCGGCCCAACUCCGCCCUGCCCCGACCGCCGGCUCGAUCAUGUCCCAUCACUGGGGGUACGGGAAGCACAAUGGACCUGAGCACUGGCAUAAGGAUUUUCCCAUUGCCAAUGGCGAGCGCCAGUCUCCUAUUGACAUCGACACUAACGCGGCCAAGCACGACCCUUCCCUGAAGCCUCUGCGUGUUUGCUAUGAGCACCCCAUUUCUCGGAGGAUCAUCAACAAUGGUCACUCUUUCAACGUGGAGUUUGAUGACUCUCACGACAAAACAGUGCUGAAAGAAGGGCCUCUUGAAGGCACUUACAGGUUGAUUCAGUUUCACUUUCACUGGGGCUCAUCCGAUGGACAAGGCUCUGAACACACUGUGAACAAGAAGAAGUAUGCUGCAGAGCUUCAUUUGGUUCACUGGAACACCAAGUACGGGGAUUUUGGAAAAGCUGUAAAACACCCUGAUGGAUUGGCUGUUUUGGGUAUCUUUUUGAAGAUUGGCAGUGCUACACCAGGCCUUCAGAAAGUUGUUGAUACACUGAGUUCUAUCAAAACAAAGGGUAAGAGCGUUGACUUCACUGACUUUGAUCCUCGUGGCCUCCUUCCUGAAAGCCUGGACUACUGGACCUACCCAGGCUCACUGACCACCCCUCCUCUUCUGGAAUGUGUGACAUGGAUUGUGCUCAAGGAACCCAUCACUGUCAGCAGUGAGCAGAUGUUGAAAUUCCGUAACCUUAACUUCAACAAGGAGGCGGAACCUGAGGAGCCAAUGGUGGACAACUGGCGCCCUACUCAGCCACUGAAGGGCAGACAAGUCAAAGCUUCCUUUGUUUAAGUGGUCCCAGAGCCAGUGUCCAAAUGAUGAACUUCUGAUGUUUCCCUUUAGCUAAGCACAAAUCUACCUUGGUGAUUUGGGCCCUGGUUGCUUUGUGUCUGGUUAUUUAGAUCCUCAUCUCUUACUUGAUGUGCUUUCCAAUAAAAUGUGAAGAGCUACACUAAAUGUCUCACUUGACAGAAUAGCUGUGACUGGUUGGUGCUUUGCUUAUGGUAUAGGCUGUCUGUAGCAGAGACUAUAAUACGAGGAACAGGCAUAAAGUACCUUGACUUUGUUCACAGCACAUGGAGUGCUG